AUGACUCCAAUUCCUUAAACAACCUUAAAUCUUAACAUCUUUAUCAAGUUUUUUUCAAACUCAUUUUUAUAGUUGAAGUUUUUAGAGCUAAGUCUGAUUUCUCGUUCUUCAGUAUAAUUCUUAUGGAAGUGCAUCAAAGUAGAAUUAAAAUACUUUGAUUCUUAAAUCAAUAUUAAAAUUAGUUAUUUACAUUUGAUUAAUUAAAUGCAUUAAUACCAAGAAGAUUUGCUCUGUUUAUGUAAAUAGCCCAUCAGCCAUGUUUUAUUUGAUUUGAAUGUGAAAAUGGAAAAAAGGCUCUUAUGCAAUGAGUGCACUGGGAAAUUUAAAAAAUAGGAAAGUAUCAAUGGUUCCUAAAAUUUGAAAUUAUUUUCAGAAGUCAUGUAUUUAAUGGAGAAAAAUUAUUUACAGAAGGUGCAAUAUAUAGAGACCUUAGUAGGAUGUAGCAUAUAUUAAAUAGAAAAGUUUCUUCUAAUUACUCAAAAUUUAAAAUCUUAAUUAUUGUAAUAAAUUAAUGAACUUAUACAAAUACUUCAAGAUUGGAUGGUCAACUUGCAAAAAAAAACUGCAGAAAAAAAAAAUGAAAGUAUUCUAAAAUAAUUAGAUUCUUUGAUAUUGCAGGUGUCCCACAAAAACUCAUUUGAAGAAGUAAUUACAAUGGAAAUUGAAUAUAUUCACGAUAACUGGAUUCGAAAAGCCAGAUCAUGUUUUGAGAACUGCAGAAAUAAUCAACAUUAUCAGAAAUGCUUCGAAUUUCUCUAAAAUUUCAACAAAAAACCAUCACCCUCAUCUUCAUCUUUAUGUAAACUAGGAUCUUACGCUUAUUUUUCAAUAAAUGCUUCUAUGUCAAGAGAGGAAUUGGAAUUACAAAAUUUUCUUCAAGACCAAAGUGGAUCAAAGAAUAAUAUUUAAACCAAUAAUUUCUAUUAAUAAAUAUAAUAGAAGAUGCCUUAUAAAUCAGAUAAACCAUUUUGUGCAUUUGCUUUUAAUAAGUCAAGUGAUCUUCUAGUUGGAGCUUGUUUAAAGCAUAUGAAAGCUUAUAUCAUUAAUCAAGGUUAAUUGAGAUUUAUUUCUACAAUGAAUGGUCAUGUAGAUAAUGUGAGGGUUAUAUAAUUUAUGAAAAUGAAUUCUAAGAACAUUCUAAUGUCUGCUGGUGAAGAUAAAUCAUUAAGAUUAUGGUCAAAUACUCAAUUGGCCAGACCAAAAUUUCUAUAAAAAAUUGAGGCUCAUUUAAAUGGAAUUUUAUGUUUUGUUCUAAAUCAACUUGAAGAUCUACUUAUUACUGGAAGUAGAGAUACGACAUUAAAAUUUUGGAAAAAAAAUAAUGACCUAUCAAAUGGUUGUAUCUUAGGAUCUUGUAUCUAAACUAUUCAAUAACAUACCCAUAAUAUAUAUGAUUUAAGUUUAUCCCAAAAAGAAGAUAAAUUAAUUUCUUGCUCUGAAGAUUCAAGAAUAUUAAUAAUUUCACUUGUACAAUCUGUCUGGAAAGUAACUCAAAUAAUAUAGGUUUAAUAAUUUGGAUAUAGAUUAUGUUUUCUUAGUAGUAAUAUUUUUACAUUUCAACCAAGAUUAGCUGAUUCAAUGAAUGUCUAUGAGCUAAAUUAGGAUGGCCAAUUUAUAAAAUCAUUCGAUGUUCAAGUAAAAGGAGGCAAUUAAGAUUGUAGAAUAUUCUUUCCCUAACAAUAUAUUACUGAAAAAAAUGUACUAAUUAAUAAAAAUGGUUUUCAUAUUAAUAUCAUAAAAGUGAUCAAAAACAAAGAGUAGAACUCACAAAAACAAUGCAAUUUAUAGCUUGUUGUGGAAUAAUCAAUCAACUUUAAUCAAGAGUCAACAGGACUGAUAUUUGGCCAAUUAAGUCAUAACGCAGAAUACUUAAUAACUUGGGAUGGGAAAACCAAAGAAUUGUAAAUGAGAUAGUUGCUUUAUCAAAAAAUUUGA